AUGCAGAGAGCGGUCAGGCAGCGCUACAUCGUCAGCAGCGGCCGCACCUCCAACUUCUCGUCAUGGGACGAGACCAGAGAAGCCGUCGACGCCCACAUGGAGUUCCGGGCCUAUGUGCGCAUCGAGGGGAUCCCUCUACACGCAUGGGGCCUGGAGGUUGAUGAGAAGGUGUUGGGCAAGGAAUGUGCCAUCCACCACGUGGAGGAGCACACCAGGCGCAAGGAGAGGACUAGGACGUUCGACCUCUGGACUUGGUGCUCGGACCCCUGCAAGAUCCCGACUGAGGUUUGGCUCACCAUUGCUGAUCCUGAUGUAGAGCAGCCGCCCGUGGACAUCCCACAGGCUCCAGUCCACCGUGACCCUCCCACCAACAUCAAGCAUGGACUGACAUACCGCAUCCUACCGCACGUGGCGACUGUUGAGGACCUCUCCUUCAUCAGGGGCAAUGGAGGCCCUGGUGGACCGCCUAACCGCAAGCGUCGUCGGAACUUCGAUUGGAGCUACAGCGUCCCUAACAUCUUGGGAGAGGCACGCGAACGUCAGCAUGAGGGCCGUGGUCGGGACAACAAGGAAGGAGUCGAGACCAGGGCUGUCAAGAAGGCGCCAGCGCAUGCUGAUCCAACAUGUCAGAAAGAGAAGAAUAAGGAAAACGGGCUGAACAUGAUGCUGGUGAAGGUCCACAACAACACUACAAACAACACUAAUAAUGCCAACCUAGAUCAGGUACAGCCGUCGGAAAGUACAGAGCGGGAAGCUCAGCUCCGCUCGGCGGACAUCCAGGGUUCUGACCCGAUGGAUGAGUUUUCAGAGAAUAUCACACACCACUUAGAACAACCCCUUCUUCCUACGCCAUCAAUUGUCUUUGAACCAGAACAGUUAGAUAUGGCUACAGAUAUUGAUUAUACACAAAGGAAGGGUAGUCGGUUAGCUGAUAAGGCAAAAACUAUAGUUGGCAAGGAUUCUAUGAAGUUAGCUCAGGAACUUCUUUCAAAAAAAUUGGGAGAACUAACAACAGAACAACCCAGCAGCAAUGAAGCUAACUUUGAUAUUUUUCAUAGCACUUUGUCAAGCCAAUCAACAUGGUAG